AUGAAUAACGAAUACGACUACUUGUUCAAGUUGUUAUUGAUUGGCGACUCCGGUGUCGGUAAGUCAUGUUUAUUGUUGCGUUUUGCCGACAACACCUACACGCAAGACUACAUCUCCACCAUCGGCGUGGACUUUAAGAUCAGAACGAUUGAGCUCGAUGGCAAAACCAUCAAGUUGCAGAUCUGGGAUACCGCGGGUCAGGAGCGUUUCAGAACCAUCACCUCUUCCUACUACCGUGGCGCACACGGUAUCAUCAUUGUGUACGAUGUCACCGACCAGGAAUCGUUCAACAACGUCAAGCAGUGGUUGCAGGAGAUUGACCGUUACGCCACCGGCGGUGUCAUGAAGUUGUUGGUGGGCAACAAGGCCGACAUGAGCGACAAGAAGGUGGUGGAGUACACGGCCGCCAAGGAGUUUGCCGAGGCGUUGGACAUUCCUUUCUUGGAGACGUCGGCGUUGUCGUCUUCGAACGUCGAGCAGGCCUUCUAUACCAUGGCCAGGCAGAUCAAGGCCCAGAUGACCAGCAAUGCCGGUGCUGGCCAGGGCGGUGCCAACAACAACAAACUGAACGUCAACUUGCGUGGUCAGUCCUUGACCAACAACCAGUCCAACCUGUGCUGUUGA